AUGGGUGCCGGUGCUGGAGCCAUGAUGGACAAUCUAACGAAGCCUGAGGCGGUCGACAAGAUGAAGGAGGUUCCGGACGCACACAUCCAGAAGGCGGCCGAGACGCUCCCCGUAGAGGCGAUAGACAUCUUCAAGAGGAUCGUGGAGGCGGCAGAGGCCGCCAAGCCAAAACUCAAAAAACGCGACCCUGUGAAGAAGCUCGGCAACAGCGACAAGGUGGACAACAUGGACAUGUGCCUCUGCUUCUGGGACGAAGCGAAGGCCAAGGGCUUGGUUCAGAAAGAAGUGGACGAAGGCCGCCUCUCCGGCGUGCCAGAUGAGCUGAACGGGGCGAUUAUGGCGGUGUCGGACGUGGCAUGGAAGACUCCCGAGGAUGCCAAGAAAUGGAACUUCAACUAUCGGAAGGAUAUCUCCUGGAGCUUUUUCCAGGACAUGGCGAAAGCAAAGGUUGUUUUUGAUCCUACCGCCGGAGAGGAUCUCAAGGACGAGGAGAAGCAGAAACUCUUGGAGCAUUGUGUCUACUUGUGGGAUAAGAAGACAACGGACACUUGGAUGGCGAGCCAUAAGAUGAAACCAGCGGGAAUCACGGGAAUGACGCUCUGCAAUCCGAAGGAAGAGAAAGGGUCGAUGACUGUGGAGGACGAGCCCAAGGCUUUCCUCAAGCUCGCCGAAGAGAGUGUGAAGUUCCAGCAGGCCUUAGUGGCUCACGUGAACUGUUAA